GCCUUCGUACCCGUUCCACCCGUUGUUGCAAUUUAAAUUCUCACCACUAUCCACGGACCACGCUCUAGGGGCAAGAAAUAUAUAAGGAUCGUCCGUCGUCGAGAUCAUGUAUCAGCAUCAUUCGUUACCGUUCGUGGCAAUUGACCUGCCUAUCUUUCCAUUCUUUCAGUCAAUCAUCAAAAAUCAAAAUGGUUUCCAAAUCUGUCGCUUUCGCAGUUGCGACUUUCCUCUAUUCUUUACCGGCGGCUCAUGCUGUCCCAGCCGUCACCGUCAGUGCCCUUCCUGCAGGAUGUUCUUCGUAUCCUGGAUAUGACGCCGACACUGGAGUUGCCGGGCCAUGGGUGCUUCAAACCGUGUCCACCGACAAUACGGCCAUUGAAGGUUUCUCGGACACGAGUGUAUACUCUGUCGCCUUCGACACGAAGCCAGAGCUGCGAUGGGGAUCGAUAACCUUCCCAAACGACAACAAGUACGCAAAGACCCCGCUCCAGUGCCAAAGCAACGGCUUGAAUGCCCGCGUCCCCACCGACCUCACCGCCGCCGGUGCCCCUACCAACUACCAAUGGACGCCGCUAGUGCUCUCGCCGUACCCUUACGACGCCGAGCUGAUGUGGAAGAUUGACGGCGACGAGGUCAAGAUCUUCGAGCACUACAUCAACGGCACCAAGCAGGACGGCGUCUUCCUCGGCGGCUACAAUGCCUCCACGACUUGGGGCUUCAAGUACUAUCCCGCCGAUCAGGGGUCGAGCGGUCUCGAUUACUUCCUCAUCCGCCUUUUGGGCCCGAACAGUGCUGAUCCGACUACGGGUGCGGCGCUGCAAGCGAAUGAGACUACCGGGUUCAUCAAGAUCUAUGCUUGAGAAGUUUUUCGCCUGGGGUUUGUCCUAGUGCGCCAUGAAAGGUGCUAGGCGGAGCGUUGUGUGCGUUUGUUUCACGUUCUCUUAUUCAAGGCAUAAAAGUAGCGCAGAAUUUGUCUCGUCGGAGGUGUUUUAGUGUGCUGUGAAGGAUAGCAGGAGGAGCGCUUGGUGCGUUCAAUUACGUUCUCUAAAUCAGACAUCAGUGGUAGUUCAGUGCGUCCAAUAUAGUCUCUUUUAACUUCUUACACUUCUGCCAUUACUCCCAUUACUCCCAUUUCUAGACUUGAAUGUCUUCAGACUGCUGAACCAAGCGCAGCUGUACCUCUUGCGGGGGAUCUUGGCCCAAUGCGCCUAAUAUAGAUACCACAUGACGUAGACUAAUGUAAGCCAGAUUGAGCGAGC